AGCAUUCUCCUAGAGGUCAAAACCGCCUCCAGAUUCCGCCACGUGUCCACAUUGUCCCGCUCGUCAUAAAAUCUAUCCGUUAGCCCUACUCUCUCUUUCUCUCUCCCUCUCCCCCUGCAACUUCAACGCAAGAGGAGGAGGAAGAAGAAGAAGAAGAAAAGUAAAAAUAAAGAUAAAAACUGAAAAAAAAAAAAAAAAAAAAAAGAUUGGAAAUUUUUGGAAGAGGAAAAGGGAAAUGGGGAAACUACUGUGUGAUUCCACCACGGUCGCCGAGACAUUCCAGACCUCCUCGCCCACCGUCGCCUGGCGGGACCCGCCGGCCAAGUCGACGCCGCUCCAGGAGGAGGAAGACCUGAUCGAGGCCGUCGAUCUCGUUGUUGACCAGUCAACGGCCGACGACGCGUGGGGCGCUGUCGUGGGCCUGGAGGAGCAGCAGCGGCGGCAUCUCCAGCGGCUUCACGCCAAGGGCGUUCUCUGGAAGCAUCCGGAGGCGGAGGCGGAGGACGGCGACUCCUCGGUCGUCUUCAGACUGUCGCACGGCGGAGAGGUGUCGUCCGACGGUAACUGCCUUUUCACGGCGUCGCACAAGGCGAUGAAGGCGGCGCGUGAGGUCGACGCGCGGGAGUUGAGGAGGCGGACGGUGCGGAGGUUCUUGGAGGACUACGGAUCUGCGAGCGCGGAGGAGAGGGACGUCAUAAACGACGUCAUUCGGCAUCUCUACGCGCCUGAUCUGAGGGCCGGGUGGGGGAUACACGUCAUUCAGGAGGUCAAGCUUCUGGCCAAGAAGGACGAGCGCGUGAGUCUUGACUCCGCCAUUGAAGAGCUUCUUCAGCUCGGAAUGCAUAGGGAGCUGGCGGCAGAGUCUAUUUACAAAGAGAGAUGUAUCUCAGUGAGUGAUGGACCGAGUUGGGCCAAAUACAUGUUGAUCUCUGGUUCCCUGGAUGAUGAAUAUGAUAUCAUCACGUUGCAAUACACGGAGGAAGGCUUAUUAACAAUCGAUGAAAAUAGAGAAGGUCAUGCCGCGGCUUUUGGAGAUGAUAUAGCAAUCGAGUGUCUUGCAACAGAGUUUAAGCGAGAGAUAUAUGUGGUUCAAGCACAUGGAUCAGAUGCUAUGGUCGAUGAGGAAAAUUGUGUUUUCUUCCUUCCACACCGACCAAGGACUCGGAUUUGUGAACCACCCUUCUUUCUUUUCAUGAAAGGAACAGGUUGGUGUGGUGCUGGUGCUGAUCACUAUGAACCCCUGAUUGCCCAUCCCUUGUCCUUUGUUUGCCAGGAGAAGGUGGCUAUGGUUCUCUGAGGGCACCUAUCCUGCAGUUUUGUGGCUUUAGAGAGAUUGAGUAGAAGUAGUUGUUCUAUUAAUUUGUUCCAUUAGUGCUUGGCAUGCAAUCUAAUUCUCCUGACUCUUCUCUGAGUCACAAGGAGAAUUCGAUUAUUGCAAUAGCAUUCAUUUUUUGUUAGCUAGAAUCGAUCGAUUAUCCUUGACUCCAACUAGCAGGUUUUGGUUCCUGGUCCUGAGCAAACCCUAUGGUACUCGUAAUGUUUCUACCGGCUGUUUUUUUGUUUUUUCUGUUGUUGUCGUCGUCUUUGAGUUCUUGUCUUUGGAGGGUGCAUAUAUUGCUAGGUGCUAUUUCAUCGAAGCUGCAAUAGUGCCUUUCGGUUGUAUCUUUAGCUGGAGUCUAUCAUCAUUUUAAUGAAAGUGACUUGUGCUCUC